CUUCUCUCAUUCCUCAUGGCCUCUCCCUCCCUCCUAACCCGUUUCCUUCCAGAUAAGGCUAUAUAAAUACCCAUCAUCUCCUUCCUCUCUUCCUCGCUCUCCCCACCCCUCUCGGCCUCUCCUCGGUGGUCGACGGCUUCACCGGACCGGACCGGACCACCGCUCGCCGCCGGGCACCCCCGCGCCGCGGUCUGUAUGUCAAAGGGUACAGAAACAAUCAAUAUUCUGAUAUAGUUGCUGGGAAUUUCAAUCCCUAAAUUCAAAAUGACCCCGGUGGUUCAUUGCUCUGUUGGCAAUAUCAGCCUGUUCCACAUCGGCAGUUUCAGGCCAAGCCAUGAAAUCCAAAUAAGGAGGUUCCGCAGCACAGAGAGGUAUUCAAGAGUACCUUCACGUAGGCUGCUGCAACCGCAACGAGCAUUCAACUUGAUCAGUAUUUACAAGAGAAGCAGCUGGUCCUCUGCCCGCAGGCCAAGAACUCUGUCAGCAGCAACUGUUGGGACUGAUGUUACUGUAGAGGAUCCGAAUCCACCACCUUCCGGAGAAACUUCUGAAGAAAGCUCUGAGGAUACAGCACCUGACACUGCUGAAGCAAGUGAGCAAGCUGAGGCAAGCACUUCUUCCAUUCCCAAAGCAGGACGAAACAUAAGAAAGAGUGAGAUGCCACCACUGAAUGAUGAGGAUCUAGUUCCUGGUGCAUCUUUUACUGGGAAGGUUAGGUCUAUCAAACCAUUUGGUGUAUUUGUUGAUAUUGGAGCAUUCACUGAAGGCCUUGUUCAUAUCUCUCGAGUAAGUGAUGGAUUUGUAAAAGAUAUAUCUUCCCUCUUCACUGUCGGGCAAGAGGUGUCAGUGAGAUUAGUGGAAGCAAAUAAAGAGACAGGGCGCAUCUCAUUGACAAUGCGAACAGGUGGUGAUUAUGUCAAGCCUAAAACAGAAACACCUAAGGCUGCAAGUGGCGGGAGGAAUACCACUGCAACCACGUCCAGAGGCUCGCCAAGGCAAACGAGGGAAAGAGAUGAAGCCAAGAGCAUGGGCGAAACAAACUAUGUGCAAGGACAAUUUCUGGAUGGCGUUGUGAAAAAUUCAACAAGAGCAGGGUCAUUUGUGACCCUACCUGAUGGAAGCGAAGGAUUCCUUCCCAGAGAAGAGGAGGCAGUGGCAUUGUUCACCCUUAUCGGACAUUCUGCACUGGAAGUUGGUCAACAGGUAAGGGUGAAAGUAUUGAACGUAGUACGAGGCCAGGUCACGUUGACAAUGAAGGAGGGAGAAGAUGAUGAAGAGGAUCUGGCUUCAUUAAACACACAGCUGAAGCAGGGUUGGUCCAGAGGGACCAAUGCAUUUGAGCUAGCUUUCCGUAGGAAUAAGGAAAUCUCUGCAUUUUUGGAUCAGAGGGAAAAGAUAAUAGUUCCAGAUGUACAAGAAGCUGCUGUUGCAUCAGUAGGUACUGAACUUGAUGCAGAAGUAGGAAUUGAGCAAAGUCCAGGCAAGGAACCUGAGACAGGCAAUGCUGAAUCAGUUGCAAUCGAUAGUUCUAUAACGGAGGUCAAGGAGACUGAUAGUAUAGCUGCAGUGGAGAAGGAUAGCGAAAUUAGCAAGACUGAAUCAGUUGAGACUGCUAGUUCAGUUGUAAUUUCUGAAGAUGAUAGCACAGUUGAUGGCAAACUCGUUGAACCAACUGCUUCAGUUUCUGCAACUGAAACUGAGAUUAAAGAAGAUAGCUCUGAGGGAUCUGUCACCACUGAGCCUACAGAAGCUGCUUCAACAGAAUUUGUCACCGCAGUCGUUGAGGAAAGCGCUCCGACUGCUAGUUCAGUUGAAACUUCUGAAGAUGAUAGCACAGUUGAUGACAAACUCGUUGAGCCUACUGCUUCAGUUUCUGCAACUGAAGCUGAGAGCAAAGAAGAUAGCUCUGAGGGAUCUGUUGCUUCAACAGAAUCUGUCACCGCAGUCGUUGAGGAAAGCGCUCCUGUGUCAUCAGUAGCAAUUGAAGUUCCUGCUCCUGAAGCAUCAGAGGCCUCCGCUCAGGAGAUAAUUGAGGAUUCUACUACUGUGGAAGGUGCCGCCGAUGAUCAAACUGUAGAAUCUGAUAGUCCACCUCCAGAAGGUGUUGAGCUGUCCUCGAAUGGGGCUCCAGACAGCUCUAUUGCUGAGGAUAAGCCUGAUGAACCAGAAGAAUCGUUGAUAGUAGAAGAGGUUCCAGUAACUGCAAGUAGUGAGUCUGAGGAUAAAGAACCUGCUGCGGUACCUGAAGAAGUAGCAGCCUCAAGUGAGAAAACUGCAGAUGUUGCUGUUGCAGGAGCUGAAGCAAGCACGGCCACAGCAACUAUUUCUCCUGCUCUUGUCAAGCAAUUGCGUGAAGCAACUGGAGCAGGCAUGAUGGACUGUAAGAAGGCUCUUGCAGAAUCAGGGGGUGACAUUGAGAAAGCACAAGAAUUCCUCCGCAAAAAAGGUUUGGCGGCUGCUGACAAGAGGGCUGGCAGGGCCACUGCAGAGGGAAGAAUUGGUUCUUACAUACAUGACAGCAGAAUCGGUGUUCUUAUUGAAGUGAAUUGCGAGACUGACUUUGUAUCCCGAGGUGACAUCUUCAAAGAGUUGGUAGACGAUCUAGCCAUGCAAGUCGCCGCUUGCCCUCAAGUACAGUACAUUUCUCUUGAUGACGUCCCUGAGGAGGUUAUGAAGAAGGAGACAGAGCUGGAGAUGCAGAGGGAGGACCUCUUGUCAAAGCCAGAGCAGAUCCGGUCUAAGAUUGUAGAGGGCCGUGUAAAGAAGAGGCUUGGAGAAUAUGCAUUGCUGGAGCAACCCUUCAUCAAGAAUGACAAGGUCACAAUCAGUGAAUGGGUGAAGCAAACUAUUGCCACAAUUGGAGAGAACAUGAAGGUCAACAGAUUUGUCCGGUACAAUCUCGGUGAAGGGUUGGAGAAGAGAAGCCAGGAUUUUGCUGCUGAAGUUGCCGCCCAGACAGCCGCGAAGGCACCGCCAGCUGCUCCUCCAAAGGAUGAUAAGCCUGAGGAAACAGCAGAAACUGAAGAGAAGAAACCAGCUGUGGCAAUUUCAGCUGCAUUGGUAAAGCAACUCCGAGACGAAACUGGUGCUGGUAUGAUGGACUGCAAGAAAGCACUAGCUGAGACAGGCGGCGACAUUCAGCAGGCUCAGGAGUUCCUCAGGAAGAAGGGCCUGUCAUCUGCAGACAAGAAGUCCUCUCGCCUAACCGCCGAAGGCCUAAUUGGCGCCUACAUCCAUGACAAUCGGAUUGGUUGCAUGAUUGAGAUCAAUUCCGAGACCGACUUCGUGGCUCGCAACGAGAAGUUCAAGGAGCUGGUGAACGACCUCGCGAUGCAGGUGGUGGCAUGUCCACAGGUUGAGUAUGUCUCCAUAGAGGACAUCCCAGAGAGUGUUGUCAUCAAGGAGAAAGAGAUUGAGAUGCAGAGAGAGGACCUUCAGUCCAAACCUGAGAACAUCAGGGAGAAGAUCGUCGAAGGCCGGAUAUCGAAGAGGCUCGGCGUGCUGGCCCUCCUGGAGCAGCCUUUCAUCAAGGAUGACAGCAAGACGGUGAAGGAUCUUGUGAAGGAGACGAUCGCCACCCUUGGGGAGAACAUCAAGGUACGGAGGUUCACCCGGUACACCCUUGGUGAGAACUGAUUGAGGAGGUGAUCUCUAGUCUCAAUCCUGACAUCAGGAGUUGGGCAUAUUUUGAUUCAUGGAAGUUCAUAGCUGUUGGUAGUAUGAUAAGUUUCCAUCUGUAAUUCUGUAUCACCUGUUAUAUUGCUGCCCCUUUUUUUCAGCUGCUGUUAUUACUGUUGCUGGUUACAGAACACAUUUUUGAGCACUCCUUUGUAGAUGACAAGAGAGAUCAAUAUUGUCAAUAUAAACAUUACGGCAAAUCAAAACUGUAUCUGGUUGUGUUUGACAUCAGAGUUCUUACUGAA